AUGGCUUUUGAGAACCCGCCGACUGCUGGGACAAUUAUAGGUGCCCUUAAGUUUCACAGUGAACGCUCGGAUUGCUUUAGAGAUGCGUCCCUUGUAUUACAGUCGAGCUGUGAAUCUUUUCAGUUCAAUGCCUCGGAACGCGUGAGAGUUGCGGUGGAGAUGACAUUGUGCGAACUAGCGACCGCCGAGCAAGUGUCUCUCCCAUUAGAAUGCAAGAAGAUGCAUGCCAAACCGUCUCAAAAAACUGUUUCCCAAUGUGUUGAGUUGAGUCUUCCUCUUUUAGCCUUAGCACGUAGCGCGCAGCACUGGUCGAGCUAUUCGGGCUACUUGAGAGAAAUACCACAACUAUGUACUGCAUAUCGCCGACUUCAUGAGAUUGAUCAUGCAAAAGCAAUCUAUGCAAACCUCACCAACGAGAAAAUAUCGUUUCUUUCUUCACUCAAUGGCCAUUAUUAUGCGCUCUCGCUGCGCCAAAGGGAGCUCUCCGAGCUAAACAAGGACUUGGGGUCGCUCGUAAAUAGUUUAGAGCACUAUUCUUCUGAUCUGGAGCGUUGGAUACAAACACUUCCGCAGAGAGUGGGGGAGGUAACCGUCCAGAUUCAGGCUGGUGUUGUUAUGCUUUCGGACAAGAUCCUCGCCGAAGCCAGAGCCUCAAACCAACGUGCUUUCGCCGAUCUCGAAGGCCGCCUUGGGGCUAUACUUUCAGAGGUACAAGCGGACCUUUCUUUAGUUACGAAAAAUACACAAGCUAGUAUAGAUACCACAGCUCGCUCGCUGGAUGCAGUGGCAUUGUCAUGGAGCUCUCGAUUAAUGGCGUUCGGUCACCGCCUGGAUAUAAUGUGGGAGGAAACGUUUGAUCGAAAGUUAGCUUUGGAGCAAGCUAUCGAUAAUAUGAGAGAGCGUGUAUCCCAGUCGGAAGCUCAGUUGGAACUCCAAUUAGUGACCACGGAGAAGCUCCAGACACUCUCCUCAGAUGUCUCGUCGUCUAUUGAACACGCAAAUUCUCAACUCCGGUCUGCGUCGGAUGAAUUAUCGCAGGAACUGGGUGCCCUUAUUUCUGUUACCCAAGAACUCCAAAAAAACGUAACGCGAAUACCCGAUUUGAUGCCCAAGUUCGGCUCCAUAUGGCUACCAGGGAUCUUUAGCCCUUUAUCUUCCGUUUGGAAUGGUCUCCGGUUACCAACGUGGCAAGCUCAAUUAGUAAUGCAUUUCGUUGGAGUUGGUGCAUCCGGUAUCCAGAGUUCGAUAUCCACCCUCUUCACCCUUGUAUGCGCCUUUCUUUUUGUUCUGGCUCACGCUUGCCGUUAUGCUUCAUCUGUGACGGGGUGGGUACUUCUUCGGAUCUCCAAAAGGGAAAAAAAGCCGAUCCCUUCGCGGGAAAAGUAA